UAAACUUCAAUCACUUUUUCUGCAGAAGUAGAUAAUAGUAUCAUUGUUUUCCAAAACACUACCUACAUGAUAGUCUACUAACUCCCAUUUCAACUUUAAUUACAUUAUAGACUGUGCAAAUGUUCAUGUGGUCAAAGUAUUAUUUAUCUACCUAUUCUUAUUUUAGGAACUGUUAACAUUUAUGGAUAUAGCCAUUGAUUUUACUGAAGAGGAGUGGGAAUGCCUUCAGCCUUCUCAGAAAUAUUUAUAUAGAGAUGUGAUGCUAGAGAAUUAUAGAAACUUUGCCUUCCUGGCCAUGACUGCUAAUCAUACCCAAGAAUAUUCACCAGAAAAGGGCUUAAAACAUAUAUUUCAUGAAGUGAUAAGUGCAAAAUAUAGAAGUUGUCAUCUUGACUAUUUACCACAAAAAAAAAUAUGGAAUACUACAAGUGAGAGUGAACACCAGAAAUCAUAUAAAAAAUCAGGCCUUGUUCACCACCAGAGAAUUUAUACUGGAGAGAAGCGCUACAAAUAUAAAGAAUGUUGUAAAGCUUUUAGUAAAAUAAAAGGUCUUAUUUACCACAGAGGAAACCACAAUGGAGAAAAUCCCUACAAAUGUAAAGAAUGUGCCAACACUUUUGGUAAAAAAUCAGGCCUUAUUUACCACAGCAGAAGUCACACUGGAGAGAAGCCCUACAAAUGUAAAGAAUGUGGCAAAGAUUUUGGUCUAAAAUCAAGCCUUAUUCACCACAGGAGAACUCACACUGGAGAGAAGCCCUACAAAUGUACAGAAUGUGGCAAAGCUUUUGGUCAAAAAUCACAACUUAUUUUUCACAGCAGAAAUCACAGUGGAGAGAAGCCCUACAAAUGUAAAGAUUGUGGCAAAGCUUUUGGUGAAAAAUCAAGCCUUAUUUGCCACAGCAGAACUCACACUGGAAAGAAGCCCUACAAAUGUAAAGAAUGUGGCAAAGCUUUUGGUCUAAAAUCAAACCUUAUUCGCCACAGGAGAACUCACACUGGAGAGAAGCCCUACAAAUGUAAAGAUUGUGGCAAAGCUUUUGGUCAAAAAUUACACCUUAUCUUCCACAGAAGAAAUCACAGUGGAGAGAAGUCCUAUAAAUGUAAAUAAUGUGGCAAAGCUUUUACUCAAAAACAGGCUUUAUUUGCCACAGAAAACUCACACUAGAGAGAAGCCUUACAAAUGUAAAGAAUGUGGCAAAGUGUUCAGUCAAAAAUCACACCUUAUUUGCCCCAACAGAACUCACACUAAAGAGAAGCCUCACAAAUAUAAAGUAUGUGUCAAAGUUUUUACUCAAAUAUUACACCUUAUUGACCACAGGAAAAUUUACACUGGAGAGAAGCCUUACAAAUAUAAGAAAUGUGCCAAAGCUUUUAGCAAUAAAACAGUCCUUAUUUGCCACAAUAGAACUCACACUGGAGAAUAGCCCUACAAAUGUGAAUAAUGUGGAAAAGCUUUUUUAAAACAAUAAAAUGUUAUUCACCGCAGCAGAAGACAUCCUGGUGAAUGUGAAAUGUGAAUAAAGUGAUAACACUUUUAAAGAAAGAGUAAAUCUUGGGCCUGGGGUUGUGGUUCAGUGGUAGAGUGCUAGCCUCACGUAUGUGAGAU